UCUCUUCCCUCUCCGAUGCUUCCUCUGCAGCUGUGCAGCCGGCAGGAGCUGCUAUGGGGUGCUGCUUAGGAACCCCUGUUCUCCGCUGGGCCUCGGGGUUCCUGGUGUGUCUCAGCCUCCUUCUCCGCAUCAGCCACACCUUGGCCAACAGUCCUGAAGCUCAAGGCUCUGGGGUUACGGAUCCUGGUGGCGUGCACCCUGCUGUGAAGCGGAUGCGAGGAGAUUCUGUAUGGUUCCCUGCGAUCCUGAAGUCAGGAGAGAUUCUGGAGGAGAUCACGUGGGGCAUUGGAUCUGAGUCAGCAUACACAAACUUCCUGCGAGUCAACAGUGGGCCAGACUCUCCCAAAUGGCUUGGCCUUCAGGACAAGUUCAAAGGGAGAGUCCAUGUACCCAACAUGACAUCCCUUAUGAUUGAGAGUUUGAUCCCCCAAGACAGUGGGCAGUACCGGGUUCAGGCCAUGCACACAGGAGGAUUAUCAUAUAAUCAGGUUUUCUACCUCUCUGUCUAUGAGCCAGUGCCUGCUCCUCACCUCAUGGCCAGUUCAACAUCCUUAAUGUCAGGCUGGUGCAAUGUCACCCUGGAGUGCAGGGUGACAGAAGCCAUGGAGGACCUGAAUGUGACCUGGGAGAGCACAGGCCUGAAUGAGGAGCUGAAGUGUGGAGGGACACUGGGACGAGCCCCCAUCUCCUGGACCCUGGAUGUGAGUCUCCCUAUGAGUCAGCCCAAUGCCAGCCUGAGCUGUGUGGUCAGCAACCCGGUGGACCAGAAGAAUGCCACCUUAGAGCUUGGUGAUAUCUGUAUCCAAAAGUCACACAGACAGGAUAACAUCAUGAGAGUCAUCGUGGUGCCUCUUCUGGUUGUGCUGCUCCUGGGUGCUGGAAUAUUCCUUUGGAGGAAACGUGGGAAGCAGAAAAAGAACACAAAGGAGAAAGAGACUGAAGGAGGUGCUGCCCUGAAAGAAGACCACGGGGCUGAUGAUGAUGACAUUGACUAUGCACAGUUGGCGCAGCAGGAGACCCAGGGAGGCGAGAAGGGUAGAGAUGAACAACAUCUGGAAGAGAAAGAAUCUGUCAUGACCAUCUACAGUAAGGUCCACAACACAGGCCAGCUCAUGAAGAUCAUCUGAGUGGAGGAAGCAGAGCCUGGCCCCUCUGAGCACCUGUAUGCUGAGCCUGAUGCCUGUAGGUCUUUGCUUUUUCUAGUUCCUGUCUAGCAGCAGGUGUCCUGAUCUGCCUUAUUCUGGCCUGGUGGCCAUGACUCCCAGGCUCACAGGGCCUGUUACGUCCUCUGCUACAUCCUCAAGCUGCAUUUGCACUCAGGAUAUUCAUAUCUACAAGGCGCGGGCUCUUCCUUUCCUGUUGUGACUCCAGAUGCCUUGCCACAGAGAACUUGCCUGACUUCAAACAUUGCUGAUCUUCACUGUCUGCUGGGUCACUGGUGUGCGUCUUGGUGGGUACAUGAACACUGGCAUGGAGACCUGGCAGAGGUGCUGACUGCUGCAGCGCUGGGUUCUGGUUUCUGAGUUGGAGGUGAUGGAGAGAACCCAGACGGUUGGGAGCCUUCAAAGGAGUGGCCUGAAGAUACCUUUGCUGAUCUUUUAUAGUGCUCUCUUGAGCAAUGUGUGUGUGUGUGUGUGUGUGUGUGUGUGUGUGUGUAUGUGUGUGUGUGUGUACAUGUGUGUACUAGAUCCCUUUUUCUUUGCAGUCAUGGCUGCUAAGGUGACUCUGCCUCAACUCUAGCUUGUUGGCACAAACCCACCUCCCAUUGCAUGGGAAGUGAAAUUGGUAUUAUCCCUGGACCUUCCCACAUGUCUGUUUCCUAAAAAAUGAUGCUGUAAUCAGAGUUAGGAGUUACUUUAGGAAAACAGUUUCAGCUCACCCUGGUCUAUGAUGUGUCUGCCUGUUAGUAAAAUGUGUUGCUGUGUAUCCAAUGUCCCUUGGUUGGGGCUGCUGUGGAUUUGAUGGAUUGUCGUGAGAUGAAAAAUUUACAGAUUCCAUUGUGUUAACUUAUGUUGUAUAGGUAGGCCUGUAUCUGUUCUCAUAUAUAAAAUUUCUGUAAGAAAAACUAAGAUUAAAGUUAUUUCAUGAGAACU